GCUGCUAUAUCCACCACCUUAAGUAUGUUACCUGUAUUUCUGAUUUCCACCGAAUCAGUCGGAUCAUUUGCCAAAACGAUAGUGGUAGUAGUAUUAUUAGGUACUUAUCAUGGUAUGAUAAUAGUACCCGCAAUACUGUCAUUGCGCAGCAGUAAAACGGAUAGAAACAAAGGAAUCAUUUCGACAAUUAGUCAUAAUAUUAUCAGCAGUCUGGGUCCGAAAAUGCGGUUCUGA